CGUACUUAGUAUAGAGCAGCAAGUGGCGACUGACGGCAUCGAUAGUAGGACGCACACGUAUGAACACUACAGCAUCCAGCCCAAUUAUAGCUAAUUGCUAAGUAAGGGUAUCAACACAGAGCCUUCAGGAUGUCUCUACGAACACGGGCCGCGGCGGCCGAGGCCAACAAAUCAAGCUUUGUCGAUGAAAACAGUACGGCACACCAUGAUGCUCUCAUUGGAAAGCGUAUCACACGGUCACAGGCAAGGGCUCCUCAGGAUAAAUCUGCUGCGUCGCAGACACAAGGCACACAAGCAAAGGGGUUGGCUGAUCGCCGAAAUCCGCUACAGAGUAUAGGCAAUAGGAACCAGGCACCGGCCCACCGCCAGCCAGUCAAGACACACAAGCCGUCGGCAAAGAAGCCGGCAGUGGCGGCGGUCAGGAGGGAGGGCAUGCAGACCCGGCGAUCACUAAGCCGUAUGAAAAAUGCUGCCCCCGCCAAGUCAGAGGAGAAGGCGCCCAAAGAGAGCCAUACAGAUUUGACAACAAAUCUUUCAGCGUUGGGUUUCGCCGUACCACUCGGAAUCCAGAAGCCAACCAAGCCUCAGACACUUGCCGACAAACUCGAGGCCAAACAUGUCUUGCCCGAGCGGUUCGAUGAUCUUCCAGUCACAAUCGAAGACAUCGAUAUAGGAGAUAAAGACUUCCCCGAAUUCUGUCCUGACUAUGCUAAGGACGUCUAUGGAUACUUAUUCAAACGCGAGAGUACAUUUCACAUUACCGACGACUAUAUGAGCGAAAUGCAAACGGAUAUAACACCCAAGAUGCGAGGGGUCCUGAUCGACUGGCUGAUAGAGGUUCAUCUCAAAUUCAAGCUACUCCAAGAGACAUUGCAUUUAACCAUCAAUACCAUCGACCGAUACUUGUCAGGUUUGACUGUUAUUGACCGCAACCGCCUUCAGCUGGUUGGUGUCACUGCCAUGCUGAUCGCCUCCAAGUUCGAAGAAAUAUACGCGCCGGAAGUGCGCGACUUCAUCUACAUCACAGAUAACGCAUACAACCGAGAAGAGAUUCUCGUUAUGGAGCGGAAGAUCCUCAACACACUGGGCUUCAAAUUCGGAGUGCCCCUAUGCCUGCACUUCCUACGACGGAUGUCGAAGAGCGCCGAAGCAGACCCCCAGACACACACACUCGCCAAGUACUUUAUGGAGAUGACGUUAACGGACUAUCAUCUAAUGCAGAACUAUAAGCAAUCCGAGAUUGCAGCCGCGUCAUUGUGUCUGGCACGGAAAAUGAUGGACUUGGAUAACUGGAACGAGAACAUUGUUUACUACAGUACGUACGACGAAGAUGAUAUCACACCCUGUGUGAUGGAGAUAUUUCAAAUAAUUAAGAAUUCGCCCCGGGCUAAAUUCCAGGCGUGUCGAAAGAAGUACUCGAGCAACCGAUUCUUCCGUGUCGCUCACCUCGCCGAGGAACAGGCUGAAAACGUACUAUAGGGGAGAGGUAGUAUAAACAGUCCUCUUCCAAUCGAUGUGAAUGACCGUGGUUGUUGUGAGCAUGUGCGUUCUAUAACAGAGAUAGUACGGUCAAGCGAUCAACGUACACCAAUCUUGGUCGGUAUCUAUGAGAUGUAUAUGUAUGCCGGCAGUGGCUUCCAAUCGGAUAUAGAAUAUAAGGAGCGCUGUUUAGGUAUAGAUGCUGUUUGAGGUAUGAGGUGUAUUGUAAUUGAAGAGGGACCGAUCUUAUCGGCGAUGUAUGUUUUUAUAUAACGACCAGUGGUACGCAGGCUUACGCGUCCACUGUCAUAAUCAAUGUAAACGACUAUAAUAAGCCUGUAACAAUCAGAUGUGAUUGGUUAUAGGCCUGUUAAAGUCGGAUGUGAUUGGUCAUCAGCCUAUUACUAUCAAAUUUGAUCAGCAACAGGCAAAAUCACGUGGUGUAUGCUGGGUGAGUGCACGGCGGAUACAGGUGCAUUGUGCAUAUAUACACUAUUGUGUCCCUGUGCAAGUUAGCCGCACACCAGACGCGAAUGACCAGAUACGGUACAGCACGCAACCAAUCCUUAAACACCCCAUAGACUGUCCUCAAAGUCACACUAAACGCACAAACAGUAAAAAACACAACACAUCAGGUGCGUGAGAAAGGCACGGCACAGAGUGAGGUAUCGAAAGAAUGAGAGACGAAUUAUUAAAUGCACAAAGCGGACAGGAUACCCGUAGAUGACCGGGAAAUCCCGGUCAGAGUUGUAAAUCUUCUGAAUAAAGCAAAAUGUC